AUGACUGAAAAGCGCGACUCGCCGCCGGCGACCGUGAAAGCAGCCCCAAAGAGACGGCGUAUUGAUGCCGACGACAGCGUCACAGAAGAUGUCUUCUCGUCAGCUGCGAUGAAUGACACAAGUAAUAGCUACCCUGAUGAAGUCAGGUUUCCAUCAACACAGCAUUUCAAUGCUCGAUGCGGUAUUCAACGUUCUAUAGCGGUCGUCGCUUCGCACAUUGGCUUCGACUUUACUUCCCCCCAGGUGAUGGAAAGCUUUACGGGGCUAAUAGAAGCUUAUCUGGAAUCAAUUAUUGAGGAGACUAAGAGAUUCGCGAUUGCGUCGCGGCGUGAGCACCCAAUACCUUCUGAUUUCCAGAAUAUGUUGAGGCGCUAUAAUUUGCCAAUAUCAUCCUUGAUGCCACAUCUGAAGAACCCCAUGUCAAUAGACCCUACGCCGAGCUUUGUUCACAUCGAAGAUGCACGCCAGUCAUCCGAGUUCAACCCGCUUCCGUUGCUUGGCUCAGAACUGAGCGGCCAGACGGAUAAAGACGCGAAAUCUUACAUUCCAUCGUCGUUUCCUGAUUUUCCUAGCAGACACACAUACAAAUUCACACCACAAGAGGACACAAGAUCCCGUGAUUCUCAGAAAAUCCGCGAGGAAGCCGCAUUCAAUGCUCAGCAAGGCGAAGAUGCCCUGAGGCGUCUAGUCCACGCUUCGAAGAUGCGCAAGCAGAAAGAGGCCAAGACCCUUGUGGAGAGGGAUAGUCAAGGCAAAGAACGAUUCAGAUUGUGGGAAUCAACCAUGAAACGGUUCAUGGGGGGCAAUUCAAAAGACAGUGCGACAGGUCAGGUGGAAAUAGCAGAUCACAGUAUGAUCGUGAAUGGAGAUGUAGCAUUCUCCCGCAAAGACGUGUCUCGCAUCGGUCAGCGAGCUGCAGCUGUUCCCGGAAGGGGUUCUUGA